CAGCGCCGGGGCGGCGGCGGGCGGGCGCGGGGCGGCCCUGGCCCUGGCGCCGGGUCAGCGGGCACGGUAUAGCCGCCUCCGGCUGCAGCCGCGGGUGAGUCAGAGCUGCCCGGGGAGGGCGGGCCGGCCAUGAGCCGCGCCGCUGGGCUGCCAGCAGCGGCCGCCGGUUGAGCCGCCAAGAAGUUUCCCCGGUGGCGGCGGCGGUGGCGCGGCGGUCCCCAUGCACGCCCCCGGCCGCCGGCCCUGGGGCGCUGCCCGGCAGGCGCCCGUCGCCCAGCCCGCCGCGGAGCCCGGCGCGGCGCUGCCCGGCAGCCCGGGGCUCGGCCGGGCCAAGCGGCUGAGCGUGGGGGAGCUCCGCUCCCUCUUCGAGGCGCGCUGCGCCGCCGCCGCCGCCGCCGCCGCCCGGCAGCUGCCCGACCCGGCCAAGAGGGGCGUCCGGCCCCCCAACGGCGUGCUGCCGCCCGUCAUCCCGCGCCUCACCGUCACCGCUGAGGAGGGCGAGGAGGCGCCGGGCGGCGGCCCGGCACCGGCGGCGGCCCCGGGCAGCGGCUGGCUGCGCACGGACAGCUCGCUGCACCUGCAGUCCCGCCGGCUCUCCACCUCCUCGCUGUCCUCCACCGGCUCCUCGUCCCUGCUGGAGGACUCGGAGGACGACGUCCUGAGCGACACGGAGGGCAGGAGCCAGGGCAUCGUGCACCUGGAGCGCGGCGAGGACACCAACCAGAAAAAGGCAUGGCAUACAAUUAAAACCAUGGUUAACUUACCAGUCAUCAGUCCCUUCAAGAAACGCUACUCGUGGGUGCAGCUGGCUGGGCACACAGGGAGUUUCAAGGCAGCUGAUAGUGGGAAGAUCCUCAAACGCUUCUCAGAGAAUGAAAAGGAGUGUUUUGAGCGACUGAUGAAAGACCCACUACGCUCCUGCGUCCCUUGCUUCCAUGGUGUGGUGGAGAGAGAUGGCGAGAGCUACAUUCAGCUGGAUGACCUGCUUACUGAUUUUGAAGGGCCUUGUGUGAUGGACUGCAAGAUGGGGAUCAGGACGUACCUGGAGGAAGAGUUGACUAAGGCCCGUGAGAAACCAAAGCUGCGUAAGGACAUGUACAAGAAAAUGAUUGAAGUGGAUCCUCUUGCUCCCACAGCUGAAGAGAAUGCCCAGCAUGCUGUCACCAAACCCCGAUACAUGCAGUGGAGGGAAACCAUCAGCUCUAGCGCCAAUCUGGGCUUCAGGAUUGAAGGGAUUAAGAAGGCGGAUGGAACAUGUAACACAAACUUCAAAACUACAAAGACACAGGAGCAAGUUCUACAGGUUUUUGUGGAAUUCAUUGAGGGCAACACAACUAUUCUGAAAAAAUACCUCAAGCGUCUGCAGGAAAUUCAUGUCAUCCUUGAAUCCUCAGACUUCUUCAAGCGACAUGAGGUCGUUGGAAGUUCACUACUUUUUGUACAUGAUGGCAGUGGGAAUGCCAAUGUGUGGCUGAUCGAUUUUGGAAAGACCACCCUUCUCCCCGAUGGGCAGACACUGGAUCACAGGAUCCCCUGGCAAGAAGGCAACAGGGAGGAUGGGUACUUGUUGGGGUUGGACAAUUUGAUUGGCAUCUUGGAAAGCAUCACUGAAAGAUGAGUUGAGAACGGCACAAAACUUGCAGGGCUUCUCUGUAACUUUCUGCUCUACUGGGAUCACUCAGUAAGAAGGAAACCUUUAACUCCCUUCCGUACUCCUGAGGUCAUUGGUGCAGAGGGAGCUGCAUCCAGAACCCAGCAGUUAGUGAUCAAAAUGACUUUGCAUUGGCCCUCUGUGAACCUAAAGAACUCCAGACUGGUCUGUAUUGCACCAGCCUAACUUCAGACUGGUCCUCAGAGAACAAAGAACUCCAUACUCAGGAAUCACACCAGCAUGAGUCAAGAGGUCUGUAUGGUAAACCAGAACAAUUCUGAUUUCUGGAAAACAGAUGGGACUCCGGAUUACCUCUUAGUGAACCAGAGCAAGUGCUUGGAGAUUCAGGGUAGGAAUAACCAUUUUUCAGGGAACUGCAUAGUUUUCAAACCAGCAAGAGUGUUUUUUACCCUCUAAUUCAAAGUCCCGUCCCUCCUGUGUACACUAUAGGUUGGACCAACAACUUCUGCUGCAUUGCGUUGCAGUGUGCACAAGGUGGAAAUGGGUGAUGAUCACAAGAAGCCUGGAGCAAAGGGAGGCAGGAGUUUGUGGUGGCUGGAUGUGGUAACUGCUACUGACUAUUCCUCCUCUUCCCUGCCCUAGCCUCGAUUCACUUCUAUCCAAGAACAGCCUUUGCUUUUUAUGUAGCCUCUCAGGAGAUUACAAAUACUCUAGGGAGAGAAUAGCAGCCUAUUGUCUCCAAAAACAUUUGACUUUCAGACUGCAUGGGCUGUUAGGAAAGUGCCUGGCUUGCCUGGCAAAUUUGGCCGCUGACAGCUGAACUGCAGUUCUGAGAAUCGGUAAUGGACUCUUUUGCACACAGACCAGGGAACUAGGGGUUUUUUCCAAGGCUUGUUUAUUUUUAAAGGUAAAACCCCUGUACACAUGCGCACACACACGCACGCACUAGUAGCCAGCAAACAGUGUGAUCUCUUAAGAUCACGGUUUGACUGUCUCCUAAUGCACAUGACUACUUGGCCAUGUUCCUGCCCAGAUACGAUGCUGCCACUUACUUAAGCAUAUAGAGUGACACAGCGAUCGGAAAGGUAAUGUGUCUGCAUUCACAGCAUUACACUAAUGAUGAGAUAAUUCCCAGGCAUCCUUCCACCAGGGUGUCAGCUGUUAACUCAGGGCGGUCUGGGGGAAGGAAUGUCAAUACAGCACAUUGCCUAGUUGCUGUCUGGAAUCACAGACCAUCUGUGGUUCGUGCUUCCUUUGCUGUGACCCAGGCACAGCCACAGAAGAUUCACAGUGUUUAGGUUAAAAUCAGGAAAGACUGAAGUGAUUUCUUGUAAUGGCUUCACAUACUUUCUCUGUUGGCUGCCUCUAGUCGCUUGAACAGUUCUUUAAAUACUAGCCGCAUAAAUACUAUCAGUAGUCACAUGUUCACUCACAUUCCAGGUUUUAACAUCAAUAAUGUGAUGAUGCAAUUUUCAAAAUGAGGACAAGGCUUGUAUUAUUAUUUGAUUGUUAAUGGCUUUUCCAACAUUUAGAGCUAGUAGCACAUGUUGGUCGGAAAUUGCUGUCCUUUGCUGGUGUCCUGUGCUCGGGAGAGAUUCUGAGAACUUUAGGAUAUAUGAAGGUGACUCCAUGCUUUGGAAAACUGUUAUUUCAGUAAUAAUUGUGAUCAUGAGAAAAAAAAAAAAGACUGUAGAGUCCAGCUCUGGAAUGAAAUGUAUCUAUAAUGUUUGUAAUUAGAAUUGAAGAGCCUGAAAUCAUUUCUAAAAGGAGUUACUUUCAAUAACACACUACUGUACUAAGAGAUCAGUCAGAUUUAAUGACUUUUUUCAUCACCUCUAAACAAAACAGCACUAUUAAAAAUUCAAGCUCAGUUGUGACCUAAAAAUUAGAUGACAUAGAGUGGGUAUUCUGUAGGAAGUAAUGACGUGUGGGAACAUUUUGUCCUAAAACAGAAGUUGUUUGAAACUGGUAAUUAUUUUUUGCAGUUCACUGCAAAUUCAGACUUCUUCUGUGGCCUCCCAGAGUCCCUUUCAGUUUUAUUUUCAUUAUAGUACAUCAUUAAUGAAUUUUCCACUUGGGUGUUCCAGAGGGUUUAUACUAUUUUUUCUUUUGAAAUGACAGCAAGCCUUCAACAGAAAGCACAGAUAUUAUCAUUCCAGAUGCCUCCUAAUUUUUUAACUGCUAUGAGAUGAUGAAUUAAUCUGCAGUGAAUUUCAUACAAUUUUAAAAAAGCCCAACCAAACAAAACCCUCUCUUCCUCCUUUCCUGCAGCCAUCAGGUAAGCCAUCGGUUAGCAGUGCUUAAGGAGGAUAGGAGGUCAGUAAGAUCUCACGGGGGGGCUUUAAUAACAAUACCUUUUCUGUGAGACUGCAAUUGCAAGCAGUCUCUACCAUAAUAAAAAAUUAAAUUAGAAAAGUUAGGAAUGAGACUGUUAAGGUGAUAGAAUUCAUUAGUGGUUUGCCUAAUUAAUCUUCAGAAUUCAAUUUCUUUCUUCUAUUGCCACAUAUGUGAAUCUUUUGCACCAGCGUAACAUUUUUCUAGAAGAGAGAUUUAGAGAGUAAAGGUUGAUGAUCAAAUGUCAGUUGAGAGUUUGAGACAGACUUUUAGAAUGUCUGGUGCACUCUAAAGGAGUGCUUGCAGCUUCAAAACCCCAGCUGCUGCUGGCACCUGGGUGGUUUGCAGUGUGUGGUCUUGGGGGAGAGCGUGGAGCGUGAGCCAUUCCUCUGCAGUAGCUGAAAAGGUCGGGGGGGAAACAGCCCCACUUCUGCUAUAGCGGACCCUGGUUUGGAAAUUCAUUCUAGCUGAUGAAUAGUUCUAGCACGUCAGCUUUGAAAGGGCCUUCGGCUUGCUAAGGGCCUGGGAAGGCAGAAGCCAUGCUCUCCUGCCGCUGCUACAGGAAAGGAGAAGAGGCGGCGGCUCUCAGUUAGCAGCCUGCAGCCGUGCCCCAGGGCUGGGGGGCUGGGCUGGGGGCGCGGGCAGGCUGCCUCAGGGGCACUCCCAGACCUGACUCGCACCGCACGGCCUUGGGCGCCGACUUGCUGGUGUGAGGAAGCCGCGCCGCCUUCUCUUGCUGUGGCCCGAGCCACCUUGAAUAAGCUUCUGCUUACCAGAGUGUCGGUGACGCCUUUGCACAGGCAUGUGACACAGAGCUGAUGCAUGCUCACCAAGGUACUUGUUCACAUACAAGUAAUGCACGCUUGGUAAUGCCUCUGCUGGCAUACUCCCUCGCUCCAGAGACACUGAGAGCACGUGUUGCCACAGUGUGGUGAGAUAUGCUGGCCCAGAGGCGUUUGGUGCUGAACAGCUAACCUCGGACUUAGGCACCAAGGUCUUUAAACUCACUAGAUGCAGCGAUGCUUACUGCUGUAGCUGCUGCGUUUCUGUGAGAGUCUAGCAGUAGGACUCCUCUCCUUCAGCCUUGUCAGUAACUUGGUUUUUUGGCCUUGACAGCUACCCUAGGCCUCAGUUUCAUUCCCAUUUUACAGACGGGAGUAGUACCUACUUACCUCACAGGAACGAUGUGAGGCUGUCCUUCAUUAUCGAUUGCAAGAUGCGGUGAGAUUCUUUGGAGGAGGUGCACCAUGCAUAAAGAGAUACAUCAGCUAAGUUUAAAAUGAUGGGUUUGGGGGCCUCACAAGGAUAUAAAUUCACAUGACAUUUAACCAAAGUGGUAAAAAUUUUAGAAGGGGGGGUUCACUUAACAUCUGAUCCAGUUCUUACAAUAGGGAAAGAUUUCAGUGGGAGUUGGACCAAACCCUUAAGUAUCUCAGAGGGCUCUUGCUUCCUUUUUUUUUUUUUAUUGCUAUUGUUAUUAUUUGUUAUUCUUAAGGUACUGAGAUCAAAUGGCCUGUAUCAUCCACUUGCAUCCGUUCUGAACACUACAAUGCAAUGCUGACCAUGGUCACUUUUGACAUUGACUGUAUUGGUUGAGUGUUUGUUACUCUGAAGUGUGUAUGCUACUAAAUAAAU